CGCAUGAAGAGCGACAGAGAGAGACGAGAGAGAGAGAGAGAGAUAUGAAGAGAGGGAGUCGGAAAUCGGACGGACAUGCGUAAGAUUCGACGAUACGGAGACGAUAUAUCUCAGGAAAGCAGUCGCGUUGAAACGGCGUCGAACGUCGGACGCGCGAGCGUACAGCGGGCAGUUUUGAAUGGUCCAGUCACGCCGCAGACUCCGUAGGACGAUCCGCGCGUAACGGAGCGUUCGCUGGGGUGGCAAACGAGUACGAAUUGAGCGUAAGGAAUAAUUUCACGGCCAAUUAAUUGGCGUGAUCCGAGAUCCGUUACCGUAAUCUCGAGGGUUCGUUACGUAAACCGCGCGAAGGUGCCGGCGCGAACUUGCGUCCAACUUGGGGAAGAGAUAUCGGAAAGGCAGCGGAAUAAAUGAUAACGAUACCUGUAUAUCGAUAGAUAGCAGUUCGACGAAUAGGAUACGAAAAUAUUGACGUUUACGAUGACGCGAUGUGCAGCGACAAGUGCCAAGUUGCGCCGCGCGACGUAAAGACGCUCGAUGGACGCUCGGAAUUUUUCGCGAGGGAGAGAUGCAUUAGUGCAGUCCCGUGCGUCACGUAACCCACAUUUCUAUUACAAGUACUGUCAUAAAUAUUGAAAAGUAGCGCUAGAACGUCCGACAACGCGCGAUUCGUACGUAGAAAGGAAAGAUUCUUCCCGGAAAGGAUCCAUAGAAAUGCGCAGGGAAAUGCGAAGAACCGGAAGAACCGGAGACGGACACCUUAUUCGUACAAGCCGUUUAUUGCAACUCUGCUCGUUCUAGUUGCGCGUGUUACCAAUUAACAAUUAUUAUUAUAUCGGAAAUAAAUUGAACAUGUAUCCCUAUAUUAACGAAAAGAGAAUUGGACAAUUAUCAGAAAGGAUGCGAUAGAUCGAUUUCCCGUGUUCCGGCUCGGCUCAAGAUCGAAGAGUCGAAAUACACGUAACCCAGAUCAUAGCAUCAGAUCCGGAGGCGCCACGACGGAUGAUAAAUAAUUAAGUUGCUAUUAUCCGCGGCGCGUGGUGGACGUUCACCAGCGCUUAUCAUCGCGAUAUAAACAGGUGUAGCAUCGGCGUGCUCGGCACACUAUGCGUCCCGACGUUCAUGACGGACAACACCCGGCACGAUGAGCCUCCGCGGGCCGGCCGUCGUUUUCAGCUAGAGUAAAGAAGAGAUACCGGCUGACAAUUGACGCGUCGUUACGCAAAUUUCGCGAGAAUCCCGACGGGCCUGUGCGAAUAAACCGAGUCAAUACCUUUUCACGGCACGGCGACGAGAAGAAGGCGAGAGACGAACGUAAAGAUCAAUUGAACGUGACAUCCGAGGCGCGACGAGACUUCUCCUCCGAGAAUUCCUGAACGCUGGACGAUCGGAGUGUUCUGAGGGUCGGAAGAAACGCAGCUAUACUCAGAGAGAAACGGACAAUAAUCCAGGAGGCCACCAUGGAAAUUCAUAGGAAUGCAGAUAUCGACCGGAUCCAGGAAUUGAUGUAUAAAACGCUCCACCUGGAAAGCCAGCGUUGUAAUAAUGGGAAUGUCGUGACAACAGGAUGGUGCCCCGAGAUUUGGGACGAGAUACUGUGCUGGAACUCAACGCCACCCGGACAACUGGUAGUUCAGCACUGUCCCUUUUACUUCGUGGGUUUCGACGGUCACGCAUUUGCAUCGAGGCAAUGCAUGUCGAGUGGUCAGUGGUAUUGGAACUCCAAGACUCAAAAUACAUGGAGCAAUUACAGCCAGUGCUACCCGGAACAACUCGUCACCGUCUUGAUGAAUAUAACGGAUAUGCAGGCAAACAACGUUACUCUCCUAAAGAAAUUCUUCCCGGUUGUGAAGACCAUCUCAAAACUUGGUUACACGAUCUCGCUGUUCACUCUCAUCAUUGCGUUCUGCAUUUUGGCUACUAUCAAUUUGUCUCCCAUCGGACGUAGGAAAUUGCGAUGUCCACGGAAUAUAUUACACAUGCACCUGUUCGCCUCGUUCGUGAUGCGAGCCUUCAUGGCGCUACUGAAGGACAUGCUCUUCGUGUACGGCAUCGGACUGGCGGACGUCCUCAUCAAAGACGGCGAUAAUUACUGGCUGGUUGACGAGAAGGAGAACAAUUGGCACUGCAAGAUGUUCACCAGUCUAUGGCAGUACUUUAUCCUGGCCAACUAUUUCUGGAUCCUGAUGGAGGGUAUAUACUUGCACAAUCUGAUCUUCCUCGCGCUCUUAACAGACACCAAUUCCAGUAUCGCCCGUUACGUCGCCUCCGGAUGGGGUCUGCCUGCUGUGUUUGUCUUACCUUGGGUAAUUUCGAGGAUUAUACUUGAGGAUACAUAUUGCUGGACGACCAAUGUAAAACCUUACCUGUUUCUGUUCAUACGGGUACCAACGAUGGCCACUAUUCUGAUCAAUUUCGUGCUAUUUAUCAACAUCGUGAGGGUACUGCUGAUGAAACUCAAGUCCACCAUGUCGGAGGAAACGGAAAGAUACAAACGGUGGGCCAGAAGCACGUUAGUCCUGGUGCCGCUCUUCGGAGUCCAUUACGCGUUUUUCCUCGGGAUGUCAUAUAGCAUUGGCAUGGAUGAAAACGUGGAGGCCGUGUGGCUCUUUUGUGAUCAAUUGUUUGCAUCUUUUCAGGGCUUCUUUGUGGCGGUACUUUUCUGUUUCCUAAAUGGCGAAGUGAGGACUGAAGUGUCGAGGACAUUUCGUAGCAAGUGGCCGCGCAUCCGUGGCAUACGAUGGGGCCCGAGGCAGUCGACACACUCGGUCAGCACAUGCAGUUGCAAUAACGUCUCAAAGUCUGGCGAUCGGCGAUACUCAAGAAUGCCCAAAUGGUGGAAGUCCAGUUGGAAGACGCCGUCCUUCCUGUUCCAAGAUCGCAGCAUUCGUCGGUCCACCCACUCGAUGGCGAGUACACAAGAUGUUGGAACGAGAGGAGGUAGUUUAGCGAGCAGCAGGGGCUACCUAGAGAUUGCCGGCAACGGCCAGGUGCCGCAGCCGACGACACAGAAUCAACACGCUCAUCAAACGUCGCCCCUCUGCAGCAAGUACACGGAUCAAUCGCUGCUCUCCUUCUGCUCGAACAUGUCGGAAGCGUCAGGGCCAAACAUCGAUAGGAUCCGCGACCAGCAUCGAUGGAGCGACUCUGAAUACUGUCAUCUCGCGUACGAGUUGCACAAUCUGCAGCAGCAUCAUGAACAGCAUCCGUGAUAGCGCCCGGCUUUUCACGCCCGAUGGAAAGAACACGUGUCGCUUGUCCGUAAUAAAUGUAUACGUCCGAACAAAUGUGGUAUUCUCCAAGAAAGAGAGCGGACUUGAAAUGUCAGGAUGGAACUUUAAUUCUGACCUAAAUUCUCGAAAUAAAAGAGAAAAGAAACGGAGGAGAAUAAGAGCAGAGGAAGAAAUUAAAGUCUCUAUCCUUUCCCUCUGGUCCUACAGUAAUCUAAAUGGAGAUCGAGUUACUUUUAUCUUCUUUUAUAGGGAUAUCGCGUGUGUCGUUUACACAAUUCUCCGUGUCUCCGUAGAUCUCAAUUCGUGCGAGUGUAUGCGUAUAAUAUUGUACAGCUAAUGUUCGAUAUCUUAGUACUUUAAGGAUUUGUCGGAGCGUACUGAAACAUCCGACUAAAUCCUCGACGAGUUUCCUCAACGUUUCGAAAUACAGUGUGCCAGUUAUCACUCACGCACGAUUCCAUUUCAAGAAAACGUAAAACGUCCAUUAUUCACGACUUUCUAUUGCACAUUGUUGUAUAAAUAGACAGCUAGUUAAAUCUCAGUGCGCCAGAUAUAUUACAAGAAAUUCUGCCGUCAAUUAUCCAGCACAUUUGCAACUUUUUUUAACAAACGUCAUAUAAAAAUAGUAUUAUAUUUUCAAACUUUGUGUAAUCUAUUUUUACAGCUAAGGGAACUUUUUACAUUCAAUAGAAAGCUCAGGUUAACGGAUUUAUUCCUUUACCGCUUAUCAGAAACAUAUAUAUCAAAACACAUAUGUAUGUGUGUAUAUACAUAUAUACAUCUUUUAAGUCCUGACACAGAUAUCUCUACGAAAAUUAUAUUAUAUUUAUAUUUAUAUAUUUAACAUCUAAUUUGUAAGGUUACUAAAAUGUUUAAUGUAUAGAAGUAGAUAUUUGGAAAUUUCUAAUUAAGAGACUCGCAUCGAUAAUGCUGCGUAUAUCAUAAAGUGUUAUCAAUUUCAAGAUAAGACUAUCUUUUUUCAAAACUUAAGCAUUUAACUUGAUCAUUUUAUCUUGUAAGCUCUCUUAUUACGUGUAUAUAUACAUAAAUGUGUACAUAUAUAUAUAUUUAUAUAUCAGAACACCAAGGUGCGAUACAUAAUGUAUAACGUAAACUACGUGUCAACAAAUUUAAUGUAAAUUAUGACAAAAUAAAGAAAAAAUCAGUGCG